AUGGUCCCAGCUUCUCUGAAACUGGCAGCUAUUGCUCCAGUUCUGAAGAAGCCUGGCUUAGAUCCUGAGAAUCUCGCAAAUUAUAGGCCCAUCUCUAAUCUUCCAUUCCUUGCUAAACUGUUGGAGCGGUCUCUGCAGCUACGCCUGCCACCCAGUCUGUCUGGAUCAGGGCUGGAGGACUUUCUGGUGGAGAAAACAAUGAAAACAAGGCUGAAGAGAGUGGCGUGUUUAGAGCAGGAGGUUUUUGUACAGCCAGUAAACCAGUUUGUAUCACUGUGGUGGACUUUUGGUGGAGGAACCAAACUGUCAGUUGGAAGUGUGGCUGCGCCCACCCUCACGGUCCUGCCCCCCUCCAGCGUGGAGCUGCAGCAGGGGAAGGCCACACUCGUGUGUUUGGCCAACAAGGGCUUCCCCUCAGACUGGAGGCUGAGCUGGAAGGUGGACGGGAGCAGCUGGAGCUCGGGGGUUAGCCAGAGCCCCGGGCUUCUGCAGAAGGACGACGGCCUCUACAGCUGGAGCAGCACCCUGACCCUCCAGGAGGACCAGUGGCUAAAGAAGACAGUGACCUGUGAGGCCACCAAGGACUCCCAGACUCCUGUCAGCCAAACCCUGAGGAGAGAGCAAUGCACUGGGCAGUGAGCGUCCACGCGUGUGUUGGAGCUGCUAGAGCUCCUCUUGAUUUUCAGUGAGCUCAAACAUGGCUCUGCUUAAUGCUCUGAUCUUCAUCUCAUCACUUCAUCAUCACAAUAAAGAGUAUUAGUUUUAAUAUCUACAGUCUUUCAUUGUUUAUUGUGUUAUUCUCUUUCUUUAUUUCUUUUAUUGUUUCCAGCAUCAAUAAACAUGUAAACAUUUCUUUGAUCUGUAAUUUCCUGGAAUCAAGUUUGUUUAUUUCUCUUCUAAAAAUAAAGCUUAUAGAUUUGAUUAACUGCAA